AUGGCCAGCCAAGGAGGGUUCCAAUCCAGCCACUGCUCUGGCUAUCUCAGCUGGGCAGCUACACCUAAAUCCGCUAAUGACAGAACCAGAGUCUUACGACCCUCAACAAUGGAGUUCCGUAGCCAGACCCAUAUCCGCUGUUUCUAUGUUAGUGCCGGGAUUUGGACAGAUGACCAUUGGAACGCGCUUGACCGGACAGUUGAACAGGGAGACGUUUCAGCCAGCCGAAACAGCCUUUACCUACCUCACAGAGACGGGAAGACCAGAGUGUAG